AUGCCUGAGAAAGAGUUGAACUACAUCACGUCUAGGGACCAAGCGUCCUCCAACGACAAGAAUGGCAUGGUCUAUGUCGAUGCGUUUGAAGCGCAAGACGCCAAGCCUCCUAUGGGAAGAUGGGAGCACUUUGUUGAUGGUUUCCGCAGAGUCAACGAGGCGGACUUGGGAAUUGACCCAAACUUGUCCGAGGUGGAGAAGGCUGCCAUCAUGACUGCCAACUCACCUUUGUCGAGAUCGUUGAAAGGUAGACACUUGCAAAUGAUUGCCAUUGGUGGUGCCAUUGGUACUGGUUUGUUUAUUGGUUCCGGUAAGGUUUUGCACAACGGUGGUCCAGCCUCUGUCAUCAUUGCCUACGUUUUGAUUGGUUGUAUGAUUUUCGCUACCGUUCACGCUUUGGGUGAAUUGGCCAUUACUUUCCCUGUUUCCGGUGCUUUCGUCACUUAUAGUACUAGAUUUAUUGACCCAUCCUGGGGUUUCGCCAUGGCAUGGAACUACGCCUUGCAAUGGUUGGUUGUUUUCCCGUUAGAGUUGGUUGCUGCUGCAAUCGCUGUGUCAUAUUGGGAUGAUAAAACGAAUCCAGCAGCUUACUGUGCGGCUUUCUACGUUUUUAUUGUGGUGAUUAACUUCUUCGGUGUCAAAGGUUACGGUGAGGCUGAGUUUGUUUUCUCCGCCAUCAAGGUUACCGCUGUUGUUGGUUUCAUCAUCUUAGGUAUCGUUUUGGUCUGCGGUGGUGGUCCAAAAGGUGGUUACAUUGGUGGAAAGUACUGGCACCACCCUGGUGCUUUCAACAACGGUUUCAAAGGUCUUUGUUCCGUGUUUGUCACUGCUGCUUUUGCUUUUGCCGGUACUGAAUUGGUUGGUUUGGCUGCUGCUGAAUCUGCUAACCCAAGAAAGUCCUUGCCAAAGGCCACCAAGCAAGUUUUCUGGAGAAUCACCUUGUUCUACGUUGUCUCUUUGAUUUUGGUUGGAUGCUUGGUUCCUUACGACAACCCAGACUUGGCUAACGGUGACGGAACUGCUCGUUACUCUCCUUUCGUCAUUGCCAUCAAGAACGCUGGUAUUAGUGGUUUGCCUUCUGUCAUGAAUGUUGUUAUUAUGGUUGCCGUCUUGUCUGUUGGUAACUCCUCCGUCUUUGGUACUUCCAGAACCUUGGCUGCUUUGGCUGCAGCUGGUCAAGCUCCAAAGUUCUUCAACUACAUUGACAAGAGAGGAAGACCAUUGUGGGGUAUUAUCACACAAUUGGUUUUCGGUUUGAUUUGUUUCAUCUCUGCCUCUAACAAGCAAGGUGAGGCUUUCGACUGGAUGUUGGCUAUUUCUGGUUUGUCCUCUUUGUUCACUUGGGGUUCCAUUUGCUUGUGCCACGUCAAGUUCAGAAUGGCUCUUAAGGCACAAGGUAGAGGUACUGAUGAGCUUGCUUUCACCUCUCAGGUUGGUGUCUAUGGCUCUUACUUCGGUAUCAUCUUGGUCAUUUUGGUCCUCAUUGCCCAGUUCUGGCUUGCCGUCUGGCCAAUGGGUGCUAAGCCUGAUGCUGAGGCUUUCUUCAAGGCUUACUUGUCUUUCCCAAUUGUGCUUGCUUUCUACAUUGGCCACAAAAUCUGGAAGAAGAACUGGAGAUGGUACAUCCCUGCUAGUGAGGUUGAUAUUGACACUGGUAGAAGAGAGUUGGACUUGGAUCUCUUGAAGCAAGAGAUCGCUGAAGAAAAGGCUUACCUUGCUAGUUUGCCAUUCUACAGAAGAGCUUACCACGUUGUCUGUUAA